UUGAUGGCCACGAACCUCUGGGCUCGACCCCUCGUGUGGGAAAAGGAGUCCAGCCAAGGAAAGCCCCCUUUCACAUGCUAAUUCGGGGUUAUAAAUAAGGCAGAGGAGCGGAGGAGCAGCAAAGCGCCCUUCAGGAAAGGGAAGGGAGGGCGAAGGAAGGGCGAAGGAAGGGCCUCCUCUCCGUCCCCUGCCUGCAGCAUUUCGGAGCGGACAGGCUGGAUUACAAUGACUGCCGCAGCCACGGCCAGCGGCGUGCAGAAACUCUCCAGCACCAAAGAGGAAAGGAAGUUAAGGAAACCUCUCAUUGAGCGGAAGCGAAGGGAAAGGAUUAACAACUGCUUAGAUCAGCUGAAGGAGACUGUUGUUGGCGCAUUUCACCUGGAUCAGUCUAAACUCGAGAAAGCAGACAUCCUCGAAAUGACAGUAAAGCACCUUCAGAACAUCCAGAACAGCAAGCUCAUGGCUGACUCCAAAGUGGGCCUCGAAGCCCAGCAGAGAUACAGCACUGGAUAUAUCCAGUGCAUGCACGAGGUUCACAACCUUCUCCUUACCUGUGAGUGGAUGGACAAGACUCUUGGUGCACGGCUGUUAAACCACCUGCUGAAAUCCUUACCCAGGUCUGGUGAAGACACCUGCAAAACAGCAUUAAGGUCCUCGAGCCCGUCUCAGCAGCCUGUCUUGACACCAAAAUCCCCACUGAGCCCUAAGGGGAACACUCCCGGCAGAAACCCAACGCAGGAGCACUUCUACCUUGUGGAGAACAAACAAGCCGUGAAAAAUUCAUUCCAGCUGCCACCACUGUCUGUUUUCAGCCAGGUCAAUGCUGUGCCUCCCAGACAGGUCCUGCAGCCAAAUUUUUCCCAUAACAACCCUAGUAUGGGGUCAUUAGAUAUGUGGAGACCAUGGUAAAGUGUGCUUUAAGAUGUUUCUCCUAAUCUUAGACACUCUUAUGUAUGUAUCUUAUAGAUAUGUCUCUUUAAAACACUUGAGGAGCAAGUCUGUUCCUGUAGGUGCAUUAAAGACCAGGGUACUUCAUGCCGAAGUAAACCUAUGUGUAGCCUGCAUUGUAGAAGGCUGCUAUUAUUUUGUAUUUAUUUAAUACAUCUAAAUUAUUGUAUAGAAUCCUCUCAUGCUCUUUAGUGUAUAUUAAUUAUAUAACUUUCUUGUCUUAUUUUCUUAAAAUAAUUAGCCUCUUAUUAAUAAAAAUAUAAGACAAUGAGAAACAACCCUCUCUUGCGUCAAGCUUACCUCUCAG